CAAGGAAGGUGAGCGAGUGUCUGGAGGGGAGGACUCGGGAGCGCGACCAGCCGAGGGAUCGAUCGGAUUAAACUCGAUUCGAGUGAAAUUAACACAAAGGAGAGAAGAGCAACGCACACGAGUCGGUGAGGUUGCGGAUGCGAGACGCGCAGGAGAAAUAUUUCGGGAGAAAAACGUAACACUUGAACUUUUUUCCUCUGUUUAUUUAUAUUUCAAACGAAAAAAAGGACCACGGUGGAUUUUUUUUUUCUCAAGCAAGCGGAGAUACUAACCAGCCAGCACGGAGUUGAUUUGAUAAAACCCCGAAGUGACCGAGCUUGUUGGGAACUGUAAUGAGGACCAUGGAGUAACACGCUCCAAAUUAGCAGCUAUCUGAUUAGCUCCUCACUGCACACCAUAUCUUCCUCCAUCUAGUCCCCUCCAUCUGUGGGCCCCCCAUCCAGCCAUGGCGGACCCGGGGAUGUUGAGUCUAUUUGGGGACGAUGCAGGGCUGUUCUCAGAUGGAUUAGAUGGUUUAGGAGGCUGCUUUCCUCAGCAGCCUGCCCCUGGCCAGUCAAACCCCCUAGCUCAGCAGACUAAUCCCUCUCUGAACCAUGAGCACCAGGGUAACAGGGGUUACCACCAGGGGAUGAUCCAUGCCGCUGGGAGUGGCCCAGGGCAGCCAAAAUUGGGGCAAAUAUACGACCACGGCCCCUACACAGGCUACGAUCAAUCUGUUGCUCCUGGAGGACGAAUGAUGGCCCAGAAUGGUCCCAGUCAGGGGCCACCAAAUGUGAAUGUGGCCAUGAACGGCAUGGCUUCCCACUACCAUAAUAAUCCAGCUAACUCAAGUAACCCCCUCCAUGGGUACCAAGGUGAGGCUGGGGCAGGAGGUGGUGGGAGUGGAGGAUGGGGCCAGCAACAGAGCAGAUCAGCGUAUCAGCAGCCUCCAACCCAACCAGGGGGUGGCCCCAAUCAGAUGGCAGGCUACCAGAUGUCUCAAGGCAACUAUGGUGGGAUGCAAGGCCCACCCACACCCAAUGCAGCUCGCAUGAACCAACACUAUCCACCACAGAGCAUGGCACCAGCUCCUGCUCAGGACCCAUCUCACUACAUGGGACAUGUUGGAAUGGGAGGGGCCCAGAUGAGACACCCACAGCCCCAACCAACACCCCAGGUCUAUCCCAACAUGGGUCACACACCCCAAUACCCACACUCCCCCUCCCGACAGCCUCCGCAUACCCACCAGCACCAACAGGGUAUGGGUGGGUUUGGGGGAGGCCAGUACCCUGGGUAUCAGGCCCAGUAUGGAGCCAUUGGACCGGGGUUGGGCCAGAGUGCUAAUACUACAGUCAGUACUAACACCAGCCAGGCAUUGGGACCGGGGCAGCUUGGUCAGAGGUUUAACCAUGGAUCAGGUCCAGCAGCUGGGCAGCAGGGGCAACGAUAUCCCCCUGCACCACCACACCAAUCACAGCCACUUCAAACCCAUUCUGCCCCUAUGCAGCAGCAGACAGGACAGCAGGGCCAGUCUAUGCACCCUAUAAACCACGCCCAGCAUCCCCAGAAUGCGCCCCAGACCCAAAAUCAACCCCAGUCCCACCUUGCCCCCCCAGCUCAGGGAUCUUACCCCUCCCCCGCAUCCAUGUCCCCAAUGCGGGUUUUGGGAGCCCCAACGCCUCCUCCCCAACAGGGAAGACCCCCUAGCGCAGGACUAGCUGGGCCCCCAGAGGUUGCAGGGUACACAGCCCUGCAGUCUUCACCCAAUGCUAUGCCCCAUCCACAAAGAACUCCCCAAAACCCGUUAUCUGCCCCCCAACACCAGCAGCCUCACAACAUGCCCCCCAAUGCAGGGCAGAUAUAUCCCAGUAUGGGGCCGCAGCGUGGUCAACAAAUGGGCCCAAAUAGGCCUCAGCUCCAGCAACAGCAAGGACCUCAUGAAGCGCCAGUCAGCCAGAGUGGAGACCAGCGUAUACUCCAGGCACAGCAGCAGGCCUCUCGAGGUGGGCAGCCCUUGCAAUCCGCUUCCUUGGGUUUCCAGGGUGCACCUGUCAGUCAACAUGGAGCUCCAGCCUCAAACCAGGGCUUGGCGCCACCCACCCAGAACGCUCAGACUCAGCACACACACCUGCCCCCCCACCACCUGCAGAGCACACCCCCACAAUCUAGCCAGGGAUCCAACCCAUGGCCAUCCACUUCUACUGCCCCCCACCCACUGUCCUCACCCCCUCUUACUCCACAAAAAGUGCCUCACGUACAGCAUUCCCCCAUGGACCCGUCAGGCGAUGCCUCAAUGAUGGUUACUGAAAGGCCGACCGUUUGCACUGGUGUGCCCAGCCAGCCAAUCAGCACAGAGCAGCCCAGCAACCAGGAGACCAAGCCAAAAAAGAAGAAGAAAAAGAAAGCAAAAGUAGUGGAUGAAGAAGUCGAGAGAGAGAAGAAGGCAGGAAGAGGAAGCGCAGAGGUAGACUUGAUGUCAGAAUUUACCAGAUCAGGAAGUGAGGCAGGUGAACAGGUUACUGGCACAGGAAUUAUGGAGGGAAGUUCACCAACGGUGGAGGAGAAGAAAAAGCGGAAAAAGAAACCAAAAGAGAAGGCAGAGGGGAAGGAGGGCAAGGAGCCCAAAGAGUCCAAGACCCCCAAGAUGCCUAAAACGCCCAAGACCCCCAAAGAGCCCAAGGAGAAGAAAGCCAAGAGCUCCAUGCCCAAGACCAAGACCCCCAAGAAAAACAGCAGUAAGAAGGUGGAGUCAGAGGUCGGGCCCGGCACAGCUAAGAAGGAUUCCAAGAGGAAGAGAGAGUCAUCAGUCAGUGAUGAUGUGGAGGUGAAGAGUCCACCUCAAUCGCCUCCUGAAGAUGAAGAUGAUGACGGUGUACAGAAGCGUCGUUCCAGCCGCCAGGUGAAGAGGAAGAGGUACACUGAAGAGGUGGAGUUUAGAAUUUCAGAUGACGAUGUCAGUGGAGAUGACUCACAAACACCAAAAUCCCCAUCUUCAUCAUCCCAGCAACAGGAUGUGAUUGAAGCUGAGGGGCCCAUUGUGGAGAAGAUCAUGGGCUUGCGCACCUCCAAAAAACAGAUGGAGGAGGGGGAGGAAUUGGAGGUGGAGGAGUUCUAUGUCAAGUUCAAGGGCUUCUCGUACCUCCACUGUCGCUGGGCAGACUUGCAGGAGCUGGAGAAGGACAAGAGAGUGCACCAGAAGAUCAAGAGGUUUAGGGCAAAGCAACUACUCAACACCUUUAUAACUGAGAUGGAUGAUGAGCCUUUUAACCCAGACUACGUGGAGGUGGACCGUGUCCUGGACAUUUCAGAGAGCACAGAUGAAAAUGAAGAGACGGUGACCUUAUAUUUGGUGAAAUGGUGCAGUCUGCCCUAUGAGGACUCCACAUGGGAGCUGAAGGCUGACAUCGACCAGUCCAAGAUAGAAGAAUAUGAACGCAUUGCAGCACGCACACCCAACCUUAAGAGAAUGGAACGUCCUCCUGCAGCCGACUGGAAAAAGUUGGAGGGCUCCAAAGCAUACAAGAAUAGCAACUCACUCAGGGAAUACCAGUUAGAAGGCCUCAACUGGCUAACCUUCAACUGGUACAACUCACGCAACUGUAUCUUGGCUGAUGAGAUGGGUCUAGGGAAGACCAUCCAGUCAAUUACGUUCCUGAAUGAAAUCUUCCUGAAGGGCAUUGAGGGGCCGUACCUGGUGAUUGCCCCUCUCUCUACCAUACCCAAUUGGGAGAGAGAGUUCAGGACCUGGACCGAGCUCAACGCUGUGGUCUACCACGGCAGCCAGGCCAGCCGCAAGACCAUCCAGGCCUACGAGAUGUACCAUAGAGAUGCACAGGGUAAAAUAAUAAAGGGAGUUUAUCGGUUUAACGCGGUUAUAACAACUUUUGAGAUGAUUCUGGCUGACUGUCCGGAGCUUCGCAACAUCCCAUGGCGCUGUGUGGUGAUAGAUGAAGCCCACCGCCUCAAAAACCGAAACUGUAAACUACUGGAAGGACUCAAAAUGAUGGACAUGGAGCACAAAGUUCUGUUGACAGGAACUCCCCUCCAGAACACUGUGGAGGAGCUCUUCAGCUUACUCAACUUCCUGGAACCUGAGAGAUUCCCCUCUGAAACGACAUUCAUGUCUGAAUUUGGAGACCUCAAGACUGAAGAACAGGUUCAGAAACUGCAAGCCAUUUUGAAGCCCAUGAUGCUGAGAAGACUGAAAGAGGAUGUGGAGAAGAACUUGGCCCCUAAGGAGGAGACCAUCAUCGAGGUGGAGCUGACCAACAUCCAGAAGAAAUACUAUCGGGCAAUUCUGGAGAGGAACUUCACCUUCCUGUCCAAAGGGGGUGUAGGAGGAGGUGGCAGCGGCGGAGGAGGAGCAAAUGUCCCUAACCUUCUCAACACCAUGAUGGAGCUGAGAAAAUGCUGCAACCACCCCUACCUCAUUAAUGGAGCGGAAGAAAAGAUCAUUGAUGAGUUCAGGGAGUCCAACGGAGGGAGGACCGAUUUGCCAGACAUGGCUCUCCAGGCUAUGGUCCAGGCUGCAGGCAAGCUUGUGCUCAUUGACAAGCUGCUGCCCAAACUGAAGGCAGGUGGACACAGAGUCCUGGUGUUCAGUCAGAUGGUCCGCUGUCUGGACAUCCUGGAGGACUACCUCAUCCAGAGACGAUAUCCCUAUGAGCGUAUAGACGGCAGAGUACGUGGUAACCUGCGGCAGGCAGCCAUAGACAGGUUCUCUAGACCAGACUCCGACCGUUUUGUCUUCCUGCUGUGUACACGAGCUGGAGGGCUUGGCAUCAACCUGACAGCAGCCGACACCUGCAUCAUCUUUGACUCAGACUGGAACCCUCAGAACGACCUGCAGGCCCAGGCCAGGUGUCACCGUAUCGGCCAGUCGAAGGCUGUCAAGAUAUACCGUCUGAUCACCAGGAACAGCUACGAGAGGGAGAUGUUCGACAAGGCCAGUCUGAAGCUGGGGCUGGACAAGGCUGUGCUGCAGAGCAUGAGUGGCCGGGAAAACGCCAACAGCGGGGUCCAGCCAUUGUCCAAGAAGGAGGUCGAGGACCUCUUGAAGAAGGGAGCUUACGGAGCUCUAAUGGACGAGGAAGACGAAGGCUCGAAAUUCUGCGAGGAAGACAUCGACCAGAUCCUGCAGAGGCGAACUCACACCAUCACCAUAGAGUCUGAGGGAAAGGGCUCUACAUUUGCUAAGGCCAGUUUUGUUGCCGCUGGUAACCGAACAGACAUUUCUCUCGAGGAUCCAGACUUCUGGCAGAAAUGGGCCAAGAAGGCUGAGCUGGACAUGGAUGCCAUGAAUGGACGGAACACACUAGUGAUUGACACACCAAGGGUGAGGAAGCAGACACGCCACUUCAGCAGCGCCAAAGAGGACGAGAUGCUGGAGUUCUCAGAGUUGGAGAGCGACGAGGACGAGCCAAGCAAACCCUCAACCAAACCACGACGACCCCAAGACAAGGCCCAUGGCUACCCGCGGUCCGAGUGCUUCAGGGUGGAGAAAAACCUUCUGGUCUAUGGUUGGGGCAGGUGGAGUGAAAUCCUGGCCCACGGUCGAUUCAAGCGCCCUCUCAAGGAGGCCGAUGUGGAAACCAUCUGCAGAGCCCUGCUGGCCUACUGCCUGCUGCAUUACAGAGGAGACGAGAACAUCAAAAGUUUUAUCUGGGACCUUAUCACUCCGAGUGAAGAUGGGACCACCAAGACGCUGACCAAUCACUCUGGUCUCUCUACCCCAGUGCCUAGGGGUAGGAAAGGCAAAAAGGGGAAGCCCCAGGCUCCGCUUCCACAGACCCCACGAGCUGAUUGGCUGGCCAGCUGUAAUCCUGACCACUUACUGCAAGAGGAUAGCUACAAGAGACACCUGAAACAUCACUGUAACAAGGUGCUGCUGAGGGUGAGGAUGCUGUAUUAUCUGAGACAGGAAGUCAUAGGCGACCAGGCCGAACGCAUCUUGGAAGGAGCCGAUACCAGUGAGCUUGAUAUCUGGAUCCCCCAGCCGUUCCAUGCUGAGGUCCCAGCCGACUGGUGGGACAGUGAGGCCGACAAAUCCCUUCUCCUCGGUGUCUUCAAACAUGGCUAUGAGAAGUACAACUCAAUGCGGGCUGACCCCACCCUGUGUUUUUUGGAGAGGGUGGGCAUGCCGGACGCCAAGGCUAUCGCCGCUGAGCAGAGGAGUGCCGACAUGAUGACAGAUGGUGUUGAGGGAGAGGAUGAGGAUCCAGAGUACAAGCCAAUGCGAAUGCCUUUUAAAGAUGAAAUGGAUGACUUUACCAACUCUCCGCUGGAUGACAAAGAUGACACCGUAGAGGGAGAUACUGAAGUCGCUAAAUCAAGUGAAAAUGGAACCACUGUGGGUGGCGCUGCAGGCUCCAACGAGCGUCUUUAUUGGCCUGCAGCCUCAGCUCUGACAGCCCGCUUGCGUCGCCUCAUCACGGCAUACCAGCGCUCCAACCGAAGAGAGCAGCUGCGCCAGGAGGCCCUCAACCGUCCUGAUGGACGACGCCGUCGACGCAGGGAUUUCCUGCCUUCCAUCCCAAUGGUUACCGAGGCAGGAGGUGGUGCAACUUACAUUCAAGAUGGAGCGACUGUGUUCCUGACAGAAGGAAGCCCAUAUCUGGCCAAAGGAAAUGCUUACUUUGCCAAAGGUGGACAGUUGAUGUCAGAGUCCUCGCCAGCGAUGCCGGCCGGCCCCUUGAUGGCCGACGGAGCCAUGUACUACAAGGAAAGAAGACAAAGAUGGACUCGUCGUGAGGAGGCGGAUUUUUACCGUGUUGUGUCCACCUUUGGCGUCGUCUUUGACACCCAGCAUCAGAAAUUUGAUUGGUCACAGUUCAGGGCCUUUGCUCGAUUGGACAAAAAAACAGACGAGAGUCUUGAGAAAUAUUACUACUCUUUUAUUGCCAUGUGCAAACGGGUCUGCAGGAUGCAGGUCAAGACUGAAACAGAACUCCCAGACCCAACCCUGAUCAUCGACCCUAUCACUGAGGAGCGUGCCUCUCGCACUCUAUACCGCAUCGAGCUGCUCCGCCGCAUCCGAGAGCAAGUCCUCCCCCACCCCUUGCUCUCCGAGCGCCUCAAGCUCUGCCAGCCCUCUACAGACCUCCCAGAGUGGUGGGAGUGUGGCCGCCAUGACAAGGAUCUCCUCCUUGGCGCCUCUAAGCACGGCGUGAGCCGGACAGAUUAUCACAUCUUAAAUGACCCUACGUUGGACUUUCUAGAGGCCCACCAGCGCUUCAACGGCCAGCGAGGGGCUGGUAUCGGCGUGGGAACCCAGGGAGAGAUGACCAAAGCUGGAAUGGGAGCAGCAGAAAGCACCCCUGUACUUCUCCUUACGCCAGCAGAGCUGGCAAGCGUUGCUGCUGCUGCCAAAAUUGCUGUUAGUGGAGCUGAAGAGGUGAAGACUGAAGAGGGACAAACUGAAAUUGUGGUGAAAAGGGAAACGGAUGGAGAUUCCAACGACAUUCCAUGUACCAAGACUGAAACUCCUGAUGAACAGGAAAACAAUCUGGGAGAGAUUGAAAAAGGGGAAGAUGAGGCUGCUUCUUCCCCACGUAAGGAGGUCAAGGAAGAGGAAGCCCAGAUAAAAGUAGAAAAAGAGGAGGAGGUGAAAGAAGAGCAGAGAGGAGAAGAGAAGACUUCCAAACUAUCGGAAGAGGAAGCUAAAGACUUGAUAGAAGAAGAGAAGAAGAGUCUGAGUCCUGACUCUCAAAGGGACCAGGAGGAAAUGACCAUUGAGCACUCAGAACCUCCUGAGUCUUCUCCUAAAUCACAACCAGGCCUCAAGACUGAGAGGGAGGAAGACAGAGAGGAGAGGGAGAACCAAGAGUCUCCUAAAUCUCUGAAGUCAGCUGACACAGACAAGAGCCCAGAGGAGGAUGAGGAGGAGAGGAUGGACGAAGACGACAAAUCAGAGAAAUCCUCACAGGCUGAAGCGAGUGCUGCAUCAGAACAGAAGAACUUUGAUGAGGAGAGCAUCGCGUCUCUGAGCACAUCAGCCCGCGACGAAACCAGAGAUGGAUUCUGCCCCGACGACCUUCCAGAGACUUCUGCGAUGCAGGCCUUACAGGACCGCGCCUACGCCUUCUCAUUCUGGCCUAAGGAUCGAUUGAUGAUUAACAGGAUGGAUAACAUCUGCGAGGCGGUCCUGAAGGGCAAGUGGCCUGUCAACAGACGCCACAUCUUUGACUUCCCCGGCAACCUGUUGCCAGGGCAUGGGUCCGCAGUAACCACGGCAGCCGUAGCCAUGGCAACUGACAGCCCACUGCAGAGGCGGAGCCUGGCCGAGCUGACGAUGGCGGCCAUCCAUACACCUUACAGUGGGAAUGAGGAUAAAACGCCAUCGCCACAGGUUCAUGAGGACGCUCUGAGCCUGACAUUGCCCCGACAGAGGAGGAGGAGGAGAAGAAAGAUCGAGAUAGAGGCAGAGAGGGCAACCAAGAGACGCAACCUCAUGGACAUGGUUGCUCAGCUAAGAGAGAGCCAUGCUGCUGCUGAAUCCCAGAGCCAGGCUAUAGACCUAACCAAGGCUAUGCAUCAUCACCACAAGGCCUCUCCGUCAUUGGCCGGAUUUCCCAGUGGCCUGGUUACAAGCGCCUCCCUCAAGGCCCAGAUGGAGUUGCUUCAGCAAGCGCCACCCUCUGGACAAAGAGCCAACGGUUCACUGGAGGCUGACCUGCCAAUCAUGAGAAGGAGGCGAGGCCGCAGGAAAAAUGUGGAGGGCCUGGAUCUUCUGUUCAUGGGCAACAAGAGAGCAGGAGGGGAUGAUGCUGAUGGGGCAAAUGUCUUAGCGGUGGAGGGGGUUCAGCCUUCCGCCCGGGCCAACAGAUCAAACACCAUCCCAGAGCAAAGCCCUAGUGCCAGAUCUCUGGCUUCUGGCAGUCUGGAGGAGGAGGAGGAGGCACCCGUCUCAAACAAGGAGCUGGGAGAGUGGCUGAGGCAGCACCCGACAUACACCAUGGACAUGGCUGGAUUCACACCAAAGAAUGAAGAGUUACUGUUGUCUCAGUUCUCUAAGCCCAAGCAGAAGCGUCAUCGCUGUCGAAACCCCAAUAAGAUCGACAUCAACACCCUUACUGGAGAGGAAAGAGUGCCUGUGAUCAACAGACGCAAUGGACGCAAGAUGGGUGGGGCCAUGGCUCCACCAAUGAAGGAGCUUCCCAGAUGGCUAUUGGAGAACCCAGAGUUUUCUAUUGCCCCUGAUUGGACAGACAUCGUCAAACAGUCGGGUUUCCUUCCAGAAGCCAUGUUCGAUCGCCUUCUGACUGGCCCUGUUGUCAGGGAGGAGGGUGUUCGUCGUCGUGGGCGACGACCCAAAUCUGAGAUUGCCAAGGCAGCAGCUGCCGCUCAGGCUGCAGCAGCAGCUCAGGCUGCCCAGGCAUCACUGGCCACUAUGGCUUCAUCUGCAGGAGGUAUCAACCCUCUGCUGUUGAACAGUCUGUUUGGAGGGAUGGACCUGUCUUCUCUCCAGAGCCUCCAGUCUCUCCAGUUGGCUGCUGGUUUGAUGGCCUUCCCGCAACACACUGACCCGAAGCAGGCCGCUGCUGCUGCCUCCAUGCUGCCCCUCAUGCUGCCUGGCAUGGGAGGCCUGCCCAACAUGGCUGCCGCCCUCCCCAACAUGUUCAGCUUAAGCAGUCUGUUUGGGGGUAACCUGGCAACAGCUGCUGCAUCCAACGCCGCCAUUGCCGCCGCUGCGUCAGGGAUCACAAACGGAUCGAUGGGGGGAGAUGGAGGAGACAUUGGCGAAACAAAGAAAAGUAGGGGGGCAGAGGAGAAAGAGGGAGAAUCUGGAGAGGAGGAGGAAGAUGAGGAGGAGGCUGAUGGAAAUAGAGUGAAGAAGGCACAGAGGAAGAAGGAGAAAGAGAAGAUUAAUAAUGUCACUGCGGGUCCCAGGAUCCCAUCUGUUGAUUCGUCUGCUGAGGCGUCCAUCAACGGUGAUGCUGCCGCCCUGCUGGCAGCAGCUGGCAUGUCUGCCAACUCUCUGGCAUUCAACCCCUUCCUCCUCUCCACCAUGGCCCCUGGUCUCCUCUACCCCUCCAUGUUCCUACCUCCAGGCCUCGGGGGCCUCACCCUGCCCGGCUUCCCCACUGCCUCAACGCUGGCCGAGCUACAGAGUGCCAUGGCCGGAAUGCUGGGGGGCAACGUCAUUUCCACAAACCCUCCUAGAGUCGAGGGGGAGGAGAAAAAGGUGCUGAAAGCGUCAGGAGAGGAGGAGGAUGACGACGAUGAUGACGACUAUGACGAGAAGGAGGACGGUGGAGGAGAGAGUGACUUGGCUGAGGAGAAGGACGAGGACGCGAGAGGCGAGGCCGACGAUUCAGUUCUGGAGGAUGGUGGGAUGGGAGGAGAGGAAGAGGAGGCAGCAGCGUCUACACAGAAGGACACGAGUGACUGAAAUAGAAUAAAAAGCUGACUGCCUGGGACAUUUCCUCACCUCUGACCUCCCCCUCCCCUCGCCACGUUUACACGCCUUCACCAGAAAAAUCCAAACUAUUCUAAAUCCUGAUUUCUUCUUUAUUUUUUUUCUUACGUUGUGGUUGAUUUCUCUCUACAUUUGUUCUUUAUUUUUUUGCCAGGUAUAUUUACUAUGCGUCAGAGAGGAUGAGAUGGUGUGUGUGUUCAGUUCAGUCUCUCUGAUCGAUAGUGUAGUCAGGGAAAGUCUGCACACUCUUUAAAGACUCUUUUUCUCUACUGGUUCCUGUCUACGUUUCUCUUCCACAAUCCCUCAAACAGGACUUCACGAGGUUCCAACAGUGCUAUUAUUAUUAUUGUUAUAAUUGUUAUUAUUAUUAUUGCUGCUUUCAGCUCUCAGAUCUGUCAUUUUUUAUUUUUGCUUACUGCGCCUGGACUGUUCUGUUGCUGUUGGCAGCAUCUCCACACAAAGAGAAGAAACAUCCGCUGCUGCCAUAUUAUCUAACAUCAGUUCUCAAAAACAAACAGCAUCACAGCUAACCCGGCUGUCUGUCUGACAAAGCUGCUGCAAAAGGAAUUGUGGGUAAUGGAUUGAACUGCUGUUUCAGAGCAGAUUUGUAGUUCUCACAUAUCAGACCAGGUAGACACUGAGGAGGAAAAAGGAAACUAGGCUGGCCUAAAACUCAGUCUCACACAAAACAACACGCACACAUCCCAACACACACUAUGCAUACUUGAUCACAAGUUGCACACACGCACAUGAGAACACACAUGUAUUCCACCACUACACAGACACACACACACACACACGCACACACUAAGUCCUUCAAACCUUUCUGUCAUGUUUCUGGGAGGACUUCCUACCAGCUGUGUUCCUUUGAGUGUAUGAGUGCGUGUAUGUGCGUGCACGCAUGAACCAAUACUGUUAAACCCAGUCCCACACUGUUUGAAAACCAAUCUUGAGUCUUUCCACUGCCACAUCUGAAUCCUCCCUCUCUUGCGAGGUGGCUGGUUUUGGCUCAGGAGUGGCAGGCGGGCUGGGUCUGCCGCCAGUCAGGCCUCCUGAUUGGUCCGUUUCAGCCACCGAAAGAACCAGCUGUCCUUGUUCGGAGGUUUCUGUGAAUGGAUUUGGAGUGGUGGUCCACACAGGGAUGUGAGGUUUCAGGUUUCAUUUUUUAAAGGGGGGCACAUAACAGUUGAAUUUCCUGGUCCCUAUUUUAUUAUUUUCUUUUGUCUUUCACAUCCCAGUAGUUCCAGACCAAGUGCUGCUCCUUAGUGAACUUCUCUUUAAAGACUGUUGCUCUAGUCACACACACUGACGCCUGGCCGAGACAGGACUGAGACACAUUUUCAACAGAGUGUGAAAUUCACAGGUUUCUCAAGAAGUUCAGCUCUGCUUGUAGAAGUUUUAAAUACUUGAAAAGUGCGAGAGGUGUUUGAUUUGUUUCCAUUCCUGAGGCCAGUUUCAAGAUAAAUCAAGCGCUGCAAGUGGUUUAAAUAUUUGAAAGUCCAUUCAAACACACGUACACUGUGGCCAGGUCUUAUUAACAUUUGCUAAUAAAGCCAGCCCAGCAGAUGAAGAGAGAGCUGGGACUCCUUCCCUGUCAGAGAACCCUGUUCUCCUCUCUAAUGCUGAGACAGCAAUAACCAAGGCAGCUUUUGAAUGUUCCAACAUUAUUCUCCCAAAACAUACAUAUACAUACUCUAUGAAUAACCACAAGUGUCAUAUGAAUAGAAAAACAAAACAAACUGUAAAUGAUGACAAAUAUGUACUGCAAUCAAUUUUGUCUCACUCUGUUCCUGUUGAUGCACUGGUGUUAAAGAGUUAAAUGAUCAGGUACCUUUAUUACUUAGCUACUUUUCUUGAAAAAAAAUGGACUUUUUGUUACUUUUAGCCAGCAAGCUGAAGAGCAUUACCUCAAUUCUUAUCUAGCCUUGAAGUUUACAGACAUACCAUGUAAAUGUUUUUUUUCCUCUUUUUUUGGUGUGUGUCUUUUGUUUUUUGUUUUUUGGAGACAUCAUGUAUGAUGAAUUGUAGCUAUGAUGCUUUUAAUAAAAGUGAAUCAUGAUAUUCGCCUAGGAAACCAAA